AUGCGAUUCAGCACGCUGUGCAGCAAACAAGACGGCAUAAAUGCCUCCGCCACAAACGUAGUCGACUUCCAAGCGGGCACACCUCCCUGGCGCACGGAGCUCUACGAUACAUGCGGCCAAGUACUAACCCUUGAUCAAUACAUCGAUCUUGUAGACUCCUAUCCAGGCUACCGUAACUUCACUCCCGAGCUCAAAACGCCACCCGCCGCCGUCCCUAUGCCUUUCCAAGGAAACUACACACAGCAGCAAUACGCCAGCGACAUGAUAUCCGCCUUCCGUAAUAAGGGCAUCGACGCCUCUCGUGUGUGGCCACAAUCUUUUACCUAUGAUGACAUCGUAUACUGGCUACAAAAUGACCACGACUUUGGUCGCCAGGCGGCCUAUCUCCAAGAAUUCGACACACCCGCGGACCUGGCAGCCGGAAUGGCCAACCUAAGCAUUGCGCGGGCCGCAGGCGUAAACAUCAUUGCGCCAGCGCUACCCAUGCUUCUAUCCAUUGGCGGCGCUGACAACAAGACCAUCGUUGAGAGCGAGUACUCGAAAGCUAUCAAAGCAAAUGGCAUGGAUAUCAUCGCCUGGACGUUCGAGAGGUCAGGACCCUUGGCCAAUGUGAAGAAAGACGAGGAAUAUUACUACUCUACGAUUGCAGAUGUAAUCACGCACGAUGGACAGUUGUACGAAGUACUGGAUAUUCUCGUCAGGGAGGUUGGGAUCAAGGGCCUGUUCACAGAUUGGGCGGCGACAGUGACUUAUUUUGCAAACUGCUUCGGGUUGGAGGGACCUGUGGGUGGAAGCUAUAGCUGA